AUAAUAUGUUAAACCUGUCAAAAAUAAAAUUAUCUUUCACAACAAAGUUUAUAUAAGAAUGCAUAUUAUGUAAACGUUUCAGUAUUAUAUUAGCAAAAAUUUUUAAUUAAAUUUUUUUUAAUAUUUGUUUUCUACAGAAUACUGUCUAUAUAUGUAUAGAGGAGAAAACAAAUAAUUUAUUAUCUGUUAGAGUUCAGUAGUGAUUAACUUAUGCAUAUUACUAAUGUUGAUUAAAAUAUGAGUGGGAAGGAAUAUGAAUAUAACAGUUAGUAACCGACUUCGGUGAUACUUGGAAAAGAUUUUUAUAUACGUUCUCGCAUAUAUAGUGAAAAAUUAAAAAAAUAUUUAUUUGAAAAAAAAAGUGCAGGAAAUGUUUUAUAAUGUCUAAUAUACCAGAUGUUGAUUUAAAAUUAUUAACGAAUGAGCAAAAGGAAUAUGCUGCCAUUGUUUUGAAUGAAACAAAAGAAAUUCGCGAUCAAAAGAUAGAAGAAAUAAGAGAGUGGAUUUUAAACAAUAAAGAAAUCUGCGCACGCACAGAUGAUAAUUUUAUUUUACUUUUUCUAAGAGGUUGUAAAUUUAAAGUAGAAAAAGUAAAAUGUAAAUUGCGAAAUUUUCAUCAUCAACGAGCAAUUAUGACAGAAUGGUUUUCCAAUAGAAAUCCACGUUUACCAGAAUUAACUGAAUUAUUUAAUCUUGGAGUUUUUUUGCCAUUAAAAAAAUUAGACGAAGAAGGUAGAAUGGUUAUAAUUAUAAAAGCAUCAGUUCAUGAUCCUCGUAAACACAAAUUUGCAGAUGUUAUUAAAGCUGGUAUGAUGGUUUUAGACGUGGCAACAAGAGACAAUGUUUCAGUUUCAUUGCAUGGAAUUGCAGCGAUAUUAGAUUUAAAAUCAGUAUCUCUUGGUCACGCCUUACAACUAACUCCAAACGUGAUAAAACAACUUGUUCAUUCAUGGCAAAAUUGUUAUCCAUUUAGAAUUGGUUAUUUGUAUUUUAUUAAUGCGCCAAUUUAUGUAAAUGUUGUGCUCAAUAUUUUUAAAAGUUUUAUGACUGAAAAAUUGCGAAAGAGAAUUCAUAUUCAUCGAAAAGAAAUUGCUGAAAAAAUUUCACCAAAUAUUCUUCCUAUUGAAUAUGGUGGCAUUGAUGAUAGUGUUGAAAAUUUGAAAGAUUAUUGGAAAAAAGUUGUUGAGGAAAACGAAGACUGGUUUUCUGAGAAUGAAAAGUAUAAAUUAAUGAUAUGAUUGAAAAUAAGAUUAUUAUUCAUUUAUGGGGACCAAAGAAAAACUAUUUGAAUAUAUUAAAUAAAAAUCUAUUUUUUAUUACAAUUUUUUAUAUUUAUAUUAUAUAGAGGUAGACGAAAAAAAGGAAUAAAGAAUAUAUAUAUUCAUGUUUUCAAAAA